AUGUUCUGCAAAGUGUCAUUACUCACCGUUGCGCUUGGUCUUCUUGCAUCCGCAUCUCCAACAGGACGUUUCUACGAGCCCAUAACGGUCCCUUCGGAGCUCUCAGGUGAUAUAUCCAGGGGGCAUGGGUCGAUCCCAACGAUGCCGCCGCCUGUGCUCUCGACCGCACCUCCAGACAGCGUCAAGCCGACUUCGACUGUCGUCCCAACUUCGUCUGCGUUCUCUAAAAUUCCAUUCAAUCCUGGGACAAAGACGUCCUCGCUUACACAACCAGAGCUGGGCCCCGGGCCAGUUCGUAUACCCAUCAAAAAGCGCAUCGAUCUCAGUAUGCUGAAUGACACUCUCACUUUCGACAGGCUCCUCGACAUGACUGCUCGAACGAUCAACAAACACCGCAAAAACCUUAUGGUGAUCGACAACAAGGUUGGCCUGACGAACUAUCGCCACGGUGCACACAUCCCGUCUAGCGCCACUGCACCUGUAGCGACGCCGGUGCCCACACAGACAUCUGGAGCUGUUCCCACAUCCACACAGCAAGGUGUGGAGCUCCUCGAUGAAGACGAAUAUCUGUUAUGGAGAGGCACAAUCACAAUCGGGACACCCCCGCAAACCUUCAUGAUGGAUUUUGACACAGGCUCAGCAGACCUCUUCGUGGCCUCGACUAGCUGCUCCGGCUGUGAGGGACAAGACACGUACAACCCUGAGGAUUCGAGUACGAGUGCACAGCAGAGUGGGACUUUCGAAGAGGCGUAUGGUGGAGGCGAUGACACGAGCGGCGCGACCGGGGAGGUAUACACGGACGUCGUGAACAUUGCUGGUGUGAAUGUCACUGCACAGUACUUUGGCGUUGUGGCCCAGGAAAGUGGGAGUCUGUCGGAGCUUCCUGUGGAUGGCCUUGUGGGAAUGGCAUGGCCUGCACUUUCAGUUCUGAACCAGAAUCCGUUCUUCUGGACCGCUAUUGCGCAGAACGCUGUCCCCGAAGGCGUGUUUGGCUUCUACCUCGCCGGGAAUGACUCAGAGCUCUUCCUCGGUGGCACGGACUCUUCACGCUACACAGGAUCGAUCGAGUACCAUCCGCUCGUUUCAGAUGUGGGCUACUGGCAGAUCGGCGGUGCGAGCAUUAGCAUCAGUGGCCAGAGCGUCGCGAGUGACUUUGAAACGGUUAUUGACUCAGGGACAUCGCUCAUCUACGGACCUCCCGAUGUGGUCGCACAAGUCUACCAGGGAAUCGAAGGCGCAUCUCAAUUCGAAGAGGGAUAUUACAGCUUUUCGUGCGAUUCGAGCCCGGUAGUUUCCUUUAGCUGGGGUGGGAACGACUUCCAGAUGUCUGCUGAUAGUUUCAAUGCCGGAGAGCUGGAAGAAGGUACCUGUAUGGGCGCGAUAAUCGGGGUGGAUAUGGGAAUGGGAGACAAUGUCUGGCUGGUGGGAGAUGCGUUCUUGGUCAACGUAUACAGCGCUUUCAACGUCGAUAACACAUCUGUUGGUUUUGCGACGUUAGCUUGA